AUGGAUCAAACGAAAAGAGCAGCCAUACGUAAGGAGCUGAUAAAACAAUUCCUGGCGGAAUUGGGGGUACAGGUGGAACCGGAAGUUAAUGCUGACGAAGACUUGGAAUACUUAUCUGCUUCGCCGAUACAGCGAGAGGCCGAUUCCACUGAGGUCAGACAAGUUAGUGAAUACAUUAAAAAAAUCAAGACCUUAUUUAUGGAAGACCGCACAACAUCCGAGUUCCGAAGCUUAAAACGCAGCAGAUUGAUAUCAUCAUCUGAUGAUGACGAAGAAUAUCUUCAGCAGCAGACAAAGAGGCGAAAGAAGCAAAGACGCCGCUUCUUGACUGCUAGAUCUACUAAUUCUACUAUGCCUGUUGUAGUCACGGAGGUGAACGAUCGUCCAUUACCAUCUCGUUCAAACCAUUAA